GAGCAGAGCUUACGCGGAUAACACGGAUAAAAAUAGAGUAACCCGAUCUUGGUUUUGGUCUUCAAUUUCGUUGGUCUCCCUAUCGAUUCAACAAAAUGCAUGUGGAGGAGUUGCGUGCCAGUUUACAAAGUUUCGGCUGGCCCGAUUACUUGGUCUUCUGCCUAAUGUUGGCCAUUUGUGCCGUAAUUGGCAUUUACUUUUGCCUACAACUGCGCCGCGAGACAAGGACAAAGCGAAAGUCAGUUUCCAGCAGUGCAGAGGAGGCAGCUGAUAGUGCUGCAUCCUAUCUGGUGGGUGGCAGGCAAAUGAAAAUCUUUCCCAUUACCAUGUCGCUGAUAGCAAGCUUUAUUUCGGGCAUCACUUUAUUGGGCACACCCACAGAGGUAUAUCUAUAUGGAGCACAAUAUAUGUAUAUUAUGGGUUCCCUCAUUCUUAUGGGGGUCUGUAUGUACUACAUCUUUCUGCCCGUCUUCCAUGAGCUCAAUCUGAUCUCAACGUAUAAGUAUCUGGAACAGCGCUAUAAUCGCAGUUUACGGCUCUUUGGCUCCGUCAUGUUCAUAGUGGCUUCGCUACUUUGGCUACCUAUUGUGAUCUAUGUGCCAGCUAUAGCCUUCAAUCAGGCCACAGGCGUGAAUAUCCACAUUGUCACCCCGGUGGUGUGUGUUGUCUGCAUCUUCUACACCUGCAUUGGAGGCCUCAAGGCAGUUGUCUGGACGGAUGUCAUACAGACAUUGAUUAUGUUUGGCGCCAUGGCAUUGGUUCUGAUUAAGGGGACCCUAGACAUUGGUGGUCCGUCGGUGGUGUGGCAACGAGCCCGCGAAACCACACGAGUGGAGGCCCCGAGUUUCAACUUGGACUUGCGAGAACGUUACACCUUCUAUUCUCUGGUUCUGGGUGGAGUGGCCCAUUGGCUGAAAUCGAAUGCCAUCAGUCAGAAUAUGAUUCAGCGGUAUUUAUCGUUGCCCACACUGCGACAUGCUCGCAUUGCCAUCUGGACUUUCAUAGCCGGAGUUCUAACGUUUCUACUGAUUUGUGGUUAUACGGGCUUGCUGAUCUACGCCACCUACGCCCAGUGUGAUCCAUUGGAGACCAAACUGGCCCAGCGAAACGAUCAGCUCUUGCCGUUGUUAGUAAUGGAAACCCUGGGAUCGUAUCCCGGCCUGCCGGGUGUAUUUGUGGCCGGUGUUUUCAGUGCUGCCCUCUCUUCCUUAUCCACGGGCCUCAACUCCCUGUCCGCUGUAAUACUGGAGGACUUUGUCAAGACAUUUUACGGCAAACCCCUCAGCGAAUCGCAGACAUCAUUCGUAAUGCGUAGCGUGGUCGUUGUUUUUGGCAUUCUGUUUGUGGCUCUCGUUUUUGCUGUAGAGAAACUUGGUGCGGUUCUUCAACUGACUGUGACCCUCUCGUCGGUGGCCAAUGGACCCUUAUUGGGUAUUUUCACAGCCGGCGUCCUCUUGCCAUGGGUCAACUCAAAGGGGGCCCUGCUGGGUGGCUUCAGUUCACUUCUCGUUAUGAUCUGGAUGUGUGUUAGUGCCCAACGAGAUUUGGUGACUGGCGAUUUGGUUUAUCGAAGGAAACCGUACUCAACCAUGGGCUGUAAUUAUACAUAUGCCGGAGAGCCGAGUGAUUUCAGUAGUUUGCCAUCCUCAUUGGAUGCAGCAAUGAGUCCCGCUUCGGCAGCUCCCUUUCAGCUGUAUCGCAUCUCUUAUCUGUAUUUCACGCUUUUCGGUGCCCUCGUGACCAUUGUGGUCGGGCUCAUCACUAGUUUAGUGCUAAAUGAAUCCGAUUUGGAUGCAGUUGAUCCGCGCCUGCUCACUCCCUUCGUGCGACGAUGGUUGGAACGACGUCGCCAAAAACGAUCAGAGGUGCCGGUCACCAAAGGAUGCAGGAUACAGGAGACAGCCACGUGAUGAUACCAAAGAGAAACCUUCCAAGUGCCAUACAGAAAAUGUUCCUUUUACAAAUUUUGUUUGUUUUUUGUUUUUGUUUUUUUUUUUUUUUG